AUGGCGAAAAGACAUAGAACUGAUGAUAGUGAUUCGGAUUCAAACGAUUCCGCUUCCUAUUAUCACCGGAAAAGAAAACAUUCUCAUCGCCCCCGAGAUUAUCAUGGACCCGCAAAGAAUGUCUGCAUUCUUGAACGAAAAACUCAAAAAUUAACAUCACUUAUUAAACAUUAUUUGGAAGAAUCAAAACGAUCUACCAAAGAUGAUAUCACUGCCGUCCUACCUGGCUAUGCUUAUGGUAGUUUGGAAGGUCUUUAUGAAAUAUUAAAAAGUCGUAACAGCAAUUUACAGUCAGGUACUUCAAAACCCCCGAAUUUACCUACUUAUGAAGUGAACCCUUCUUUACCUGUUUCUGAAAAUAAUACAGCUAACCAAGAACAAGAAGAAGGAGAAUACCCUCCACCCCUACCAGAUCUGCAUUCAGACAAGCUUCGAAGACAAGUUUUUACCCAUAUUUCGCGAGCCUAUGAACUCUACCCAAACCAGUCAAAUCCUAGCGAGCUUCUUGAUAUUCAUAACGAAAGGCUCGAAUUCCUUGGCGAUAGUUUCUUCAAUAUGUUUACCACGAGAAUAAUUUUCAAGUCAUUUCCUCAAAUGGAUGAGGGCAAUUUAUCGAAACUUCGAGCCAAGUUUGUAGGAAACGAAUGUGCUGAUCAGUUUGCUCGAUUGUAUGGUUUUGACAAAAGGCUUGUACUAAGCUAUUCUGCCGAAAAAGAUCAACUUCGAAAAUCACAGAAGGUGAUUGCAGAUACUUUCGAAGCUUACGUUGGUGCAUUAAUUCUUGACAAUCAAGAAGAGACUGCAUUCAAUUGGAUACGACAGCUACUUGAUCCUAAAAUAAAGAGUACUAUUGUUCAAGGGCCUAUAGAUAAACUUGCCAAGUCAAAGCUAUUUCACAAAUACAGCACCCAAGGUCACAUAGAGUAUCGUUGGGUCGAUGGAGCAGGAGGUUCUUCUGAAGGAUAUAUAAUAGCGUGUAUAUUUAACGGUAAAGAAAUUGCUCGAGCUUGGGGAGCAAACCAAAAGGAUGCUGGUUCACGAGCCGCUAUGGAAGCUUUAAAGGUUCUUCCAAAAGGAAGGUGA